CUCUCGCUACUGUGUUGUGUAGUCAGAGUGUUGACAGUGUCAAGGAAUUGCUCGCGGUUCGUGGCCCCCCAAGGCAUGUUUCCCCGGGGGUGAGGAUAUACGGCAAUGUUGCUGACGAGGGGCCCGAGCGAUGUGGGCAUGAAGUCCCUCACAACCCUAAAGGAGAAUAAGCCGCUGAUGUGGCAGGGGUCAGUGGGGGAUGAUCUGGAUCACCUGGAGAGAGACCGCGCCAUCCAUACAGAUCCAGAUGAGACCCGGCGUAGACGCACUAUCAAACUACAUCAGGAAAACAACAAGUGGGGCUUCACACUGCAGACAUAUGGCAUCAAGAACAAGAAGACCAAUGAGCUGGAGGUGAUGACCUAUGUGGACUAUGUGGAACUUCACAGUUCGGCAGGGCUGGCUGGCAUGCGCAGAGGUGACGUGAUUCUGUCUGUGAAUGGUGAAAGUGUGGAGGGGGAACCUCACAAGACACUAGUCAGGAAGAUCAAGGAAGCCAAAGACACUCUCAGGCUCGUUGUGCUGUUUGAAGACUGCUGUCGCAAGGUAGAGCUUUACGAGAGAUUCAUCAGACUCAAGCAAGUAUUGAAGGCCAAACUGGCUGAGUUACGUUGCCUGGAAAAAACGGAGCACAGGAUACUAGAAGGUAAUGGUGGAUUUUCUCGAUUUUCAUCUGUCCGGAGCAGCCUCCGAAGCUCUGCCUCUAGUGACUGGGAUCGCUUCAGCAUGGUUGUCUCGCCUGCUCAGAUGCUUCAAAACCUCCCCAACAAGCUCACACAACAACACUUCCUGUUUCCCAGGGCCUACCCAAACAGUGUUGAUGACUCCAGUGAAAUUUCUCUCAAUGAUAUUGCAUUAAAUGACAGCUUUUCUGAUGACAACGAUGCAUUCCUCGACUCCAGUGCAAGCUGCUCAGAUAUAGUGUCAUUGCAAGGAAUCCGCAAGAAUAAAGUGGAUUCCCUAUCCAAUAAAAGUGUAAGCUCAUUAAUUACCAAUGCAGAAAAUCAGGAGAGAGAAGUCCCGAAAGGGGACAAAUCAGAAGAAAGUUUUCAGGCUGAAGAGUCAUUUAAGGAAAGUAACUCUGACAUUACAGACACACAGGUGUUUCCAAGGGACCACAAAGAUUCCGAAAACAGUGCUGAACUAACUGUGGACAAUUUAAUGCCUCUUGAAGGUAACUCUAAAGACAUACCUGACUUGGGAGGUCACUCUAAAGGUGAAUCGGACAAGGGAGAUAACACUGAAUUUGAAUCUAGCCAGGGAGAUAACUUUGAAGCUGAACCCAGCAAGGGAGAUAACUUUGAGGCUGAAUCUAGCAAGGGAGAUAACUUUGAAGCUGAAUCCAGCAAGGGGGAUAACUUUGAAGCUGAAUCCAGCAAGGGGGAUAACUUUGAAGAUGAAUCCAGCAAGGGAGAUAACUUUGAAGAUGAAUCUGGCCUGGGAGAUAACUUUGAAGAUGAAUCUGGCCAGGGAAAUGACCUCAAAGCUGAAUCUAGCGAGGGAGAAAACAUUGAAGCUGAAUCAGACAGUUUGGAUAAAUGCAUUGACAUGCCAAACAAUCUACUGGAAGAUGCCACCCUUGAAUUCCAGCCAAAGGCAAGAGAUCAGUUUGAUAUACCACAGGUUUCUGAUAUCAAGGAUAAUGACCAGGAGUCUUUAGAUGAUGCAAGGAAAGACAACUCUUCAGAAACCAUGUCACCACCAACACCUUCAAAGAGAUUUGUACGUGGGGUAUUGGUGAAUGACUAUGAUGAGAUUACAAAGUUGUGAUAAAAUGUUGCCAUAUAUACUGUUGCCUACCCAAAAUGAUUUAUAAAAAAUUAUUUUAAUGUACAGAAAUGUGAUAUAUAUAGCAUUUGGUGCCCACCGAUAUGUAUAUUAAAUAUUGAUUUUAUUCCAUUUGUUGUGUGUAAAUCUAAACAUUCCACAUAUCUGUUGUUACUUGUAGAGAAUGUUCAAUGCUUGAGCUAGUCGUAAAAAGUGAUGGAAAGCCUACAAAAUGCAAUAGUCUCAUGUGACCAUACACCCACUCAUCAAUGUGAAAGAUAUGAUUUUUCUUUUGGUAUCAGAUCAGUUUCUUCAUCGAAUGAGGUUUGACAGAUAUUAAGAGAAAAAAUUCUAUUAUUUUUACACUAUGAUUUCAAUACAUAUUUACCAUAUAUAUGCACAGUAAUUGUUAUUUACCAUGAUAUAUCAUAUUGACAUUUGCAAAAUCACGACAUAUGAAACACACACAUAUUCACUGUUAUUCAGGCAUUCACUUUCAUAAUCAGCUUGCAGAGAUGAAGUAGCUCAAACUGCACAAUAUUUGAGCCUCUAUAGCCGAAAACUGUCUUUCCAUUCAGGUAAUAUGUGGGAAGACCAUUUCUUCUGCCCUGUCAUGAAUAUUACUAUUACCAAUAUUGGAAUAUUGCUAAAGUAGAGUAAAUAUCAACUUACUCCACUUCUGCCAUAUUACACCCCUCUCUUCCUACCUCCAUCCUGCCCUACUCAAACAGCAGUAUUUCAAUAUGGUAUUAACAGCGGCAUCCAUUAUACUCAUCAUUGACUCUGUCUAUGCCAAAUACGUUUCACAUUUACAUCUUCAUCAGCUCAGCUGUUUACACUCAUAUCUAUUUUACUUGAGAUAGGCUUUAUCAAGUGUCCUAAAUCGCAAACUGAAAUCUAUGUCAUGUACAUAACAGACGAAUCAAAAGUCCAGUGAAACUGUUGUAAUUAUGCACAUAGACUGAAAGUUUUGCUUCACCAAGUUGCCAUAACUCCAUGUAUAUUUCACCUGAGAUUUGUCUGUGAUGUGUCUAUGCAUGUUCAGUGCUAUGAGUCCAAUGUACAUACAGACUUCUGUAACCCAUCUUGGAUUUCCUGACUUCAUGAUUGUUAUCAAGGUUUAUUCAGAGCAACAAUGUAGCUUCUCAUCUGUUCAAUUUCUUUGUCUGAUUUUAAACAUUUUGCACUGUUUCAAGCAUUUGAAAACCAAUAAAAAUUAAAUGUAU